AUGGCAGACGAAAAGACGUUGGAGGCAUCUGACAAGCCUGAUGCAGAAGAUGUAACUCAGGCGGAUCAGCGCAAUAACGGUCCGCACAUUACCCCCGAAGAUGAUAUCAUCUAUACCAAAGAUGUACACACCGAGAAGCGAGCGAUACAGGAAUCCAGUUCGGUAGACAGCGCGGAGCAGAAGCAAGGCAAGAAGGACGAGGAGACGGGAGAAAGCUACCCGACGCGGUCCUUCUAUCGGCGAUAUUCACGGUACUCGAAACAUAUCGUCUUUGCUUUCAUCUGGCUCUUAUUCACUGGAUGGUGGAUUGCUGGUCUUAUCCUCCAUCGAUAUGACCUGGGCUGGCUGAUUCCAUUCCUGCUGUAUCUGGCAAUCACUUUGCGGAUACUUUUCCUUUAUGUUCCCGUCUCAGUUGUUACUAGGCCCGUAUUCUGGGUGUGGAAUCAAACCGCCUCACGUUUUGUCGAGCUUAUUCCGCAGAAUCUACGAAUCCCAAGUGCUGCCUUGCUGACAAUUGCAGUCAUCCUUAUCGGAGCGUUCGCGUCGGAGGAAACUAAGGAUAAUACCAGAGCAAAUCGGGCCGUUAGUCUUUUCGGGCUAGUCGUGUUCCUCUUCGUUCUAUGGUUGACUUCAAGGGACCGGAAGAAGAUUGUCUGGCACACCGUCAUUGUGGGGAUGCUUGUGCAGUUCAUCAUUGCCCUCUUUGUGCUCCGGACUAAAGCAGGAUAUGACAUCUUUAAUUUUAUUUCCACGUUGGCCAGAAAGCUUCUGGGCUUUGCAGGACAGGGUGUGGACUUCUUGGUUGAGACCGAAUUUGCAGCAAAACAUAGCGCCUGGUUCCUUGUUACCGUCAUUCCAGCCAUUAUAUUCUUCGUAUCUCUCGUCCAACUCCUUUAUUACAGUGGCGUCCUCCAGUGGGCCGUUGCCAAGUUCGCUGUCUUCUUCUUCUGGUGCAUGCGCGUGUCGGGCGCCGAAGCUGUGGUCGCUGCUGCUUCACCUUUCAUCGGACAAGGCGAAUCUGCAAUGCUUAUCAAGCCCUUCAUUCCGUACCUGACGAUGGCUGAAAUCCACCAAGUCAUGUGUUCCGGAUACGCCACGAUUGCGGGCUCCGUGUUGGUGGCGUACAUUGGAAUGAACGUUAAUGCGCAAGCCCUGGUCUCAUCGUGUGUGAUGAGUAUUCCCGCAUCACUGGCAGUCUCUAAGUUGCGAUGGCCCGAGGAAGAGGAAACCCUGACUGCGGGUCGGGUCGUUGUUCCCGAGGACGAGGAGAACAAAGCCGCCAACGCUCUCCAUGCCUUCUCCAACGGAGCUUGGCUGGGUAUUAAGAUCGCUGGCAUGAUCUCCGCCACCCUGCUUUGUAUCAUUUCUCUCGUUGGCCUGGUCAACGGACUGUUGACAUGGUGGGGUCGGUACCUGAGUAUCAACGACCCCGAUUUGACCAUCCAGCUCAUUCUCGGCUACGUCUGCUACCCAAUCGCUUUCCUUCUCGGCGUCUCCCGCGAUGGAGAUCUUCUGAAAGUCGGAAAGCUCAUCGGUAUGAAACUCGUCAUGAACGAGUUCAUCGCAUAUGAUGCACUUCAACACAACGCGGAAUAUCAGACCCUCUCUCCUCGUUCCCGCUUGAUUGCAACAUACGCGCUCUGCGGGUUUGCCAACAUUGGUUCCCUGGGAAAUCAGAUUGGUGUCCUGGCGCAAUUAGCCCCCAGCCGUGCUGGGGACGUGUCUCGUGUCGCAGUCAGUGCCAUGGUCACGGGUGCGAUUAGUACCUUUACCAGUGCAUCAAUUGCAGGGCUUCUUAUCACGAAUGAGGAGCAAUUUUCAUGA